UUGUAAAGGAUUUUUUUUUUCAAAUAUAGCCAAUUUAAAGGAUUUAUCGUCUCACCAUUGAUGAAUAGGACCCAUUAAUAGCGACUCAAACCAAUAAGCCUUUUAAUUGCUUACCCAAAGAUGCAAGAGGCGUCCAGAGAGGGCAUAGAUGAUGCAGGAUCCAUGGUCCAAGAGUUCAUUCCCAAAAUUAGUGUAGGAACAAAGAUCUUCAUUGCACAGGAGGUAAGGAUGUCUCCGGUCUCUCUUGAAAUUGUGAGAUGCCUCCAGUCAUAGACCCGCUAAACUGACACUGGGCGGGUGCUACUGGAAUGGGAUUUUUCCAGCACUGACAAGCAAUGAAGGUUAGACAACAAAGGCCCCUUAUGCUCUGGGACCUUUUAUGACAAAUUCCCCUGCAAGCUGUCAUGGGCAGAGGGCGACUUGUAACUGCGUGUCUCUGUUGUGCUGGCCACCAAAGUGCACUCCGGUAUGUAUACCCUCCCAAAGGCAGAGACCAGAGAGAAUGUUCUCACUGGUCACAGCCAAGCUCUUAGGACACAGAACAAAACAAAAGGAAAAACCUCAUCCUGUCUUUACAUAGAGGAUCCACAGCAAAGUUUGUCUCAAGAGAUGCCAUUUUCUGAGGCCAGCUGGAACAGCAAGCUUAUGGGGCCUAUGUCUGUGUUCUGCCCUAUGGUAAUUCCUUUUUAUGACAAUACAAAAGACACAGAGAAAGGAAAACAAAGACAAUCGCUGGGAGAAAAUGAAUCAAUAACCAAAGACUACUCUAUCAAAUUUUUACCAAGAGUUGCUAAACCCAAGGAUUUUGUUCCAUGGUUUCUUCUGCUAGUCUGAAUUUAGAGAAAGAAAAGAUUCUUCUUACUCUAGAUCCACUGGAUUCCACACACACAGAUUCCAGGAAGCUGACAUGGUACGAAAUCUUACCUUCGGCCAGUUGUAUGUCAGAUGUCCCAGGAUCUCUCAGGGGCUGCAGUAUCUGGAGCAAGUGAUGUCCAGUGAGUUAAAGUACCCUGGCAACUACGCCAACAGAAGGGAAGGAAAAAUUCUUCUUUACUUGCAAGCUCUUCCAGCUGGACUAAGAAUUAAACUGACAUGAGACAGAUUAACAGGAGAAAAAAAAUAAAGUUUCAUUACAUGUGCAUGGAGGCCCAGUUAUGGAAUUGAGACCUCAAGAAAUAACCAAGGCCCCGUAUCUGAAUUCCUCAGGCAGUUUAGGGAGAGUCACAAUUAAAAUGCAAUAAAGGAGGAAGACUCCAGAAACCACAUGAACUGAUGGACUAAAAAUCUGCCGUGCCACAGAAACCCAAGACGGAUGCAAAGAAUUUCUCUUCAUGGAAGCUGCUUUCUGCUUUGUGCUCCUGCCUUGUGGUAUUGAUUAGUGCACAAGACUCUCCUGAAUUUAUGAAUGCACAGCAAGAUGUUCUUCAGCUCUUGGUGCAUCUAGCAAGAUGAAUGCCAGUGAGAACCAACAUUUUCCAGAUGAUAAAGAGAUGAAGGCAGCGAGGCCCGAAGGUGAUUCCAUCCAAGACUCCCAGAGCUCAGGGCGGAGCCAAUCCCUCAGUCUCCACCCCUCUGCUCCCCCCGCACCGGAGUCCCACCGCAGCUCGCGCCGGCACCCCGACUCCGCCCCUCCCACCCUACACUUCCGGAUUCCGCUCCGCCCACCCGUGAGUACUUCCGGUCUCCGGCACCGGAAGCCGCGUCCCUGAGCCGUGGAGCGGCAGCCAUGGGUGCCCGGUGGUGCUGAGAGCAGUGGGGCAUGGCUGCAGUCCUGCAGGUUCUGCCCUGCGUGGCCCGAGCCCCCUUUCGCCCGCUCCUCUCGGGGGGCCCAGUGGUCCGGCAGGCCAGUGGCAUGGCCCUGGCAGAGCAGGCUCAGCAGCUCUUCGAGAGCACUGUGGGUGCCAUGCUCCCAGGCCCCAUGCUGCACCGGGCACUGUCCUUGGAUCCCGGCAGCGGGCUGCUGAAGGUGCGGGACCGGAGCUUUCAACUGCGGCAAAACCUCCACCUGGUGGGCUUUGGCAAGGCUGUGCUGGGCAUGGCCGCUGCAGCUGAGGAGCUCCUGGGCCAGCAUCUCGUGCAAGGUGUGAUCAGCGUGCCCAAGGGGAUCCGAGCUGCCAUGGAGCAUGCUGGCAAGCAGGAGAUGCUGCUGAAGCCACACAGCCGUGUCCAGGUAUUUGAGGGUGCAGAGGACAACCUGCCAGACCGUGAUGCACUUCGGGCUGCACUGGCCAUCCGGCAGCUGGCUGAAGGUCUCACGGCUGACGAUCUGCUGCUUGUACUCAUCUCAGGUGGGGGCUCAGCCUUGCUGCCCGCGCCUAUUCCCCCCGUGACACUGGAGGAAAAGCAGACACUCACCAAGCUGCUGGCAGCCCGCGGGGCCAACAUCCAGGAGCUGAACACCAUCCGGAAGGCGCUGUCCCAGCUCAAGGGUGGGGGGCUGGCGCAGGCCGCCUACCCUGCCCAGGUGGUGAGCCUGAUUCUGUCAGAUGUGGUGGGGGACCCGGUGGAGGUGAUCGCCAGCGGCCCCACAGUGGCCAGCGUCCACAACGUGCAAGAUUGCCUGCACAUCCUCAAUCGCUACGGCCUUCGUGCAGCCCUGCCACGUUCCGUGAAGACUGUGCUGGCUCGGGCUGACUCUGACCCUCACGGGCCGCACACCUGUGGCCACGUGCUCAACGUGAUCAUCGGCUCCAAUGCACUGGCACUGGCUGAGGCCCAGCAGCGGGCCGAGGCGCUGGGGUACCGGGCCGUGGUGCUGAGCGCAGCCAUACAGGGCGAUGUGAAAAGCGUGGCCCAGUUCUACGGGCUGCUCGCCCGAGUGGCUGGAGCCCACCUCACCCCGCCUGGGACUGCAGCCUCCGUGGAGCAGGAGGAACAACUCCACCAGCUGGCAGCUGAGCUCCAGCUCCCGGACCUGCAGCUAAAGGAGGCUCUGGAGACCGUGGUGGGGGCUGGGGGCCCCAUCUGCCUGCUGGCUGGUGGCGAGCCCACCGUGCAGUUGCAGGGCUCGGGAAAGGGUGGUCGGAACCAGGAACUGGCUCUGCGUGUUGGAGCAGAGCUGGGACGGUGGCCACCGGGACCCGUAGAUGUGCUGUUUUUGAGUGGUGGCACCGAUGGGCAGGAUGGGCCCACGGAGGCAGCCGGGGCGUGGGUCGUGCCUGAGCUUGCCAGCCAGGCUGCCGCUGAGGGCCUGGACGUGGCCUCCUUCCUGUCCCGCAGUGACUCACAUACGUUCUUCCGCUGCUUCCGCGGCGGGGUGCACCUGCUGCACACGGGGCUGACUGGCACCAACGUCAUGGACGCUCACCUCCUGUUGCUGCGGCCGCGGUGAUGGCGUAGGUCAUGUUGCAGGAGUACAGAGGAGACCUACGGGGUAGCAGCCUGGGGCAGACCAGGGUUGGUCCCCAAGGCCUCAGCAGGCCUGAGGGCCCCUUCUCUCCUUGGUGCUGGCUGCCUGGGUGACCCUGACACCUCAUACUCAGGGCCUCUGCUCUGUGUUCGUUCCGCCAGCCAGACUGGCAGAUGGGGGCUCUCUCCUCUCCCCCCUUUCUGCCAUGACAGCAGCUAACCCUGAGGACUGGGAUGAGUCCCUUGGCCCAUUUGCUAUUCUUGGUCUUCCCCCACAGCGGGCAGCCCCUCUGCCAAGCUCUUGAGUGUCUUUUCUGUGGGGUGAAGCGAGAAGGACUGCAAAUAAAAAGAACCACACUGUG